AUGUCCCUAAAACUGGUCAAUCUCGUUUUCAAAAUUGGCAGUCUGCUAGCACUCACGCCUGCCAAGAUUGAAAAAAAUGGGCUUGUGUUCCCAACCAAAGCGUACUCAUUGCUGUGGGCAGUACUGUUCUCUGGGGCACUGUCUAUUACUGCCAUAUUCAGGAAAGCUUCGUACGAGAAGUUGUCUCCUGUGGUACUUUUUAUUCAAGUAGCUGCGGACACAGUUUUGUUCAUUUUGAACAUUUCCACAAUCAUUAUCACAGCCAGGAAAAAGCAACAAUGGAACAGCCUCAUCAAAAUUUUGAAAACUGUGUCAAAUCGCAACGACAAGGGCGAUAUUUUCUGGUUUUCGCCGUUUCUGGUCGCAAAUCUUGCUUUCGUCACAAUCGUGACUUACGAAACGUUCGUGUGGACCCAAAUAAUGGGUGCUGAAUUUUUCAAAUUGUAUGCAGUUGAGUAUUUCCAAAUGUAUGCCCAAUUUAUCGUAUACUAUUUAAUUUAUGUAUUUUUAAACUCGAUUCUGGAGGGAUUCCAACACUUGUCCAAAACAAUGUGCAAAUACUUAAAACUGCCCAAUAGAUCAAACAACUUCUCUUUGAAGAAAAUAAGGAGCGAGUUUUGUGCGCUGGCAAUUUUUGUCGAUGUUUUUAAUGAUAUUUUCGGCUGGUUAAUUUUACAAUCGAUAGGAUUUACUUUUCUCCAGUUACUGUCAUAUAUGCAACAUUUGAUUGUGGGAACAGGGCACACAAUUCCAACACUUAUAUACCGACUGAGUUUUAUAACGUGGUACAUGGUUGGGACGUUUAAUAGUGUUUUUAUUUGUGAUUUGAUUGAGCAAAAAGUGAAGAACAUUCAAAUGCUAGUGUACCAGAAUGAAGCGGAAGAAGUAAAAAUACUGCUAGAUGUCAUAAAUCACUUUCCACACUUCACAGCAGCCAGAUUUUUCGAUCUGAAUCGGAAAACCAUCCUUGGGGUGCUGAAUGCGCUCUUUACGUUCUUAAUUGUGGUGGUUCAAUUUGAAAACUUGACCAGUUAA